AUGAUUGGCCUCACAGUAACACCUGAGGUGGCACUUGCAGAUGAGCCAGUGAAGAUCCAAGCAUGGGGCUUCCCACCACAUGAGCUAAUCACACUGAGAGCAUGGGUAGAAGAUGAGAAGGGGGAAAUCUUUCACUCUCGAGCCUUCUAUAAAGCUGAUGAUGCUGGAAAGGUGGAUCUAGAGCAUACACCAGCCACUGGUGGAGACUUCCAUGGAGUUCAUCCAAUGGGACUCUUCUGGGCUCUAAAGCCAGUUACUCCAUUUCUUAGGUUGAUAAAACGUGACUUAAAGAGAAGUCCUUUCUAUGUUCACUUGGAGCUCUACUAUGGGAUGGAAAUGAGAGUUCAUUACCAGAAGUUCCUCCUAUUGCCACUAAAAUUGUAGAAAGAUGGUAUGCCAGUCCUCGUGUUGAGCGAGUGCAGAUCAGGGAAGGACGAAUCCGGGGAGCUCUCUUCCUCCCACCAGGAGAAGGCCCUUUCCCCGGAGUCAUUGACAUGUUUGGUGGUGUUGGAGGUCUCCUGGAGUUUAGAAGCGGCCUUCUGGCCAGCCAUGGGUUUGCUUCCCUUGCCUUGGCCUAUUUUGCUUAUGAAGAUCUGCCAAGCUUUCUAGGAGAUGUGGAUCUGAAAUACUUUGAGGAGGCCGCGCAAUUUCUGUGUAACCACCCAAAAGUUUCUGGAGAAGGAGUUGGAGUAAUCGCUAUAUGUAAAGGGGCCGAGAUGGGCUUGGCAAUGGGAACCUAUUUGCCCGAGGUGGCUGCUACUGUCUGUAUCAAUGGAACCAAUGCUGUCAAUGGCAACAGUCUCAGCUACGGUGAUUUCAUCAUGCCUGGAAUUCCCUAUCAAACGGAAAGACUGAUGUUCACAGACAGAGGAACCCUCACCGUCUCUCAUGUAAUGGCAGACCCAAGAAAGCCUGAACACCAGGAUUCUGUAUUUCCAGUAGAGAAGGCCCGAGGUCCUAUUCUCUUCAUUGUAGGUGAAAAUGACCAGAAUUACGACAGCUUAUUUUUUGCCAAGGAAACCUUAGCCAGAGCACACAAAUACGGCAAGAAAGACGUGUAUUUACGGAGUUACCCAGGCGCUGGCCACCUUCUAGAGCCCCCUGGUUCCCCCUUUUGCCCUGUGUCUCAAUCUCCAUUCUUUCCACUUCCACUUACAUGGGGAGGAGAGCUUCUUCCACACUGUAGAGCCCAAGAACACAGCUGGAAAGAGACCCUUGACUUCCUACGUCAAAAUAUACCAUGCUCACGGCGGAAUAAGUUAUGA